UUGUUCAACCUUCUCUACCACAAGAACUAAAAUGGCUUUAAUGAAAUCUCUAUUUUCUCUCGCAAUUGCAGCAGCCUUUUUUGCAGCGGCCCUCGGCCAAAACUGCGGCUGCGCGCCGGAGCUGUGCUGCAGCCGGUGGGGCUACUGCGGCAACACUAGUGACUAUUGCGGCCAAGGCUGCCAGUCGGGGCCGUGCUCUGCCCGGCCCACCAACGGCAAUUCGGUGUCUAGCAUAGUGACACAAGAAUUCUUUAAUGGGAUUGCCGAUCAGGCCGCGGCGAAUUGCGAGGGGAAGGGAUUCUACACACGGGCCGCAUUUCUUGAGGCGAUCCGGCCGUAUCCUCAGUUUGGCACCGUGGGCUCGACGCAGGAUUCUUUGCGCGAGAUCGCCGCAUUUUUCGCUCAUGUCACUCAUGAGACUGGACAUAUGUGCUAUAUCAACGAGAUCAACGGGCCUGCCGGGGACUAUUGUGACGAGAUGAACGAACAAUAUCCUUGCAAUCCCAAUAGGGCUUACUACGGUCGAGGGCCAAUCCAAUUGUCGUGGAACUUCAACUAUGGACCGGCCGGGAAUAGCAUAGGUUUUGAUGGCUUGAACAAUCCCGACAUUGUGGCAACAGAUCGAGUCAUAUCUUUCAAGACGGCACUGUGGUAUUGGAUGAACAAUUGCCAUGACUUGAUCAUUUCUGGGCAAGGUUUCGGCGCUACGAUCAAUGCCAUUAAUGGCGCGCUAGAAUGCAAUGGUGGAAACCCCGCCACGGUGACCUCCCGGGUUCGAUAUUACACAGAGCUUUGCCAGCAGCUUCAGGUAGAUCCAGGGAACAACUUGAGAUGUUGAUGAUGAGGGACUCAUGAUGAGAGUGAAUAACGAGUCAUAUAGCUUAUAACUUAUUAUUUCGAUAUUUUUUGUUUGAAGAAAUAAAUUACUACAUUCGUCGA